UCGCUCAGAUGAGAACAUGUUGUGCGUCUGCAUUUUUUGGGACCGAACGUCACUCGCCCAGAUAAGAUGUUGCAUUGGAAAGUUUAUACAUUGUCUACACUUGUACCUAGAAGUGACAGGACUAACUUUGCAGAUGGUCUCAAAAGGAUGAGAUUUUGAAGACAUCUCCAGCAACACCUGACUAUCCCGAGAAACAAGAGCAUGUAAUGGAAAGAGCCAUACCACAUAAUGGAAUGUGAGCCAGCAAGUUGUUUUUGAUGAUAUAACUUCCUGUUCGCGUGGUUUGGCAGACGACCGAUGCGUUGAGUCCGGUGUUGGGAUGUACAUGUGCACAGUGGACACAACUAACUCUUUAUGGACCACACAUAGCUGAAUAUUUUGCGAGAGAAUUUGUGGUAAUUAUGUUCAUUUGACAUCAACGGUAUUGGGCGUUUAAUAUACCGACACACAGGAAAUAAAAAUAACUAUAAUGAUCUAUUCCUGUAUUGAUGACAGUGUGACUCAUUGCCUUGUCGAUUUAAAUAUGUAAAUUUAUUCAAAUUGAAGGAAUGAAAUCUUCCACAAUUAUGCAGCUUGUGUAUGUGAGUGUUAUUUUGCAAUUUCUAACAUUGUAUAUGGUUUGGACUGUGCGUUACAAAGGACCAUUGAUCUAGGAUACCAAUCACCAUCACCAGUCUUUAAGGACCAAAGCAAAGCACUUAUCAUCAUGUAAAAGCCCGGUAAUGUGUCACUAUUACAACCUGUCCACAGGUUACCAGAUCGCGGUACCCUCACCCUAGCACUGACUCGGCAAUCCGAUCUAGAUAGUUUGACAAAUGCAGUGAUGACUGCAGAAGACAAACGUGGCUCGGCCCCUAUAGACAGGGGGUGGGCAUGGGUCGUAAUGGCAGCGGUCAUGCUGUCAACAUUUCUCGAGAUGGGAUUAUACAGAUCUUUUGGUAUAUUUUUUGUCGAGUUUAUUGAGACUUUUGGAUCGAGCGCUACCAUGACGUCGGUGAUAUCAGGCGUAUACUUAGCAGGAUACAGCAUUUUUGCGCUGGUUAUGAUGACGUAUGGACUGGGAAAGGUAAGCUGUCGACAGUCAGUGAUGACUGGGGGCGUCUUCCUAGCUGUCGGCUACCUCCUCUCAAGUAUGGCUACCUCUAUAGAAGCCGUAAUCCUUGCUCAGGGAGUAUUUACCGCGAUCGGAUCUGCCUUAAUACACGGCCCAAGCAUCGUGAUACUCAGUAAAUAUUUCGACAAACGAAGAGGACUAUCAAAUAGUCUCGCUAUCUCAUGUGGAAGUUUAGGUGGCCUGGUAUUACCCAUUCUUUUUCACGAGUUAGUUGAAAUGUAUAACUUAAAUGGCGCUUUGAUGAUAACUUCUGGCAUUAUUUUGAAUUGUACUCUUGCUGGUACAUUGAUGCGGCCUAUUGACCAAUAUAAAUUGGAAAGUAAUGAUUCUUUCCUGACGAAGGAAAUCAAUAGUCAGGAUGUGGAAGAAGCGAUGAAUGUGUCAAAUGGUGAAGAUAUACAGAUGUUACAGAACUCACGGCAAAACACGCGUUCUAUUAGUUCAACUGAGACAAUAAAGAAAACAACGGAUAUUAACGAAUCUUCCGGAAGUUGUAUAAGUUUAACUCAUAUACCAAAUUAUACAGUGGAUCAUGAAGUGCAGCUAACAGUUGAUGACAUAGACAAUUCCAAAUGUGCUUUGAGAUGUGGAAUUUUAUCGCAGAUAUUUGACUGCAGCCUUUUCAAAAAUUCACUUUUUUUGAUAGUUUUAAGUGCAGUUUGUCUGGGUCAGAUUGAAUGUGCCCUUGCACACAUUUUCAUCCCACCAUACGCGAAAGAUCAGGGUAUUGCUGACAGUGACAUUGCUCUGAUAGCUGGAACUAUCGGGAUCGCUGAAUUUGUCGGCAGGUGCCUAGUUAGCUUGCUUGCCGACGUACGAUGUAUUGAGAGACAUGUACUCAUAUCUGGUUCGUUAAUAAUAACUGGUAUUGUCACCCACUUUGUACACCUGUAUGAUAGUUUGUGGACAUUCGUGAUGUUCUCAGUUCUGUAUGGAAUUUUCAGUGGGGUACUAGUUGCCCUAUACUCUCCCCUCUGUGUUGACCUUUUGGGAGCUGACCGCAUGAGGAAAGCGUAUGGUAUAUCUUGUAGUUUUACCGGAAUAGCAACAGGGGCAUCGGCCCCAUUAUUUGGUUUUUUGAGGGAUAUGACAGGUUCUUAUGUUCUGUCAUUCCACCUAAUGGGAGGAUGUGCAAUGAUUGGUGGGAGUGUUCUACUGUUGCUACCCUGGGCGAAAAGAUAUGAGGACCGGAAGUUGAAGAAAAAUCAAAUAGCUAAACAAAUUCCAUGUAUAUAGGCAUAUAUGUCGCAGUGUUGAAUGUAGGGCAUUAUCUGAUGAAGAACCAAAGACAUCUACUUCGAUUUAUUCUAAUAAAGUCACCUCAAUAAUUUAUAAUAUACAUGUAUACACUUUACUUACCGUACGUGUCUGAAUGAUGCACUUUAAUUCAUUUCAGGCUAUCUGGUAUACAGAAUAUAUGUCACUUUGUAUUGUAAGGUGCUUAGAUCUUUUGUAAAUAUUUAUAUGAAAUACAUAUACUACAUUUUCAACAUGUAAUACAGAUUUAUAUCAUCCACAUUUGAUGCAAAAACAAAAUGUCUUGAACCUUAUUUUUGACGAAGUGCAUGUGUGCUAUAUUGGGGAAAAGCCAUACUUGCAGUCGAAUGUCUCUAAUUGUAUUGUAUAUAUGUAAUGACACAAAACACAUUAAACAUUCGGCAUACUCGAUUUGUAUCAUACAUUCUGAUAGCUUGUCUUGUGGUUCAAUAGCUGGAAAACGUUGAAUUCCAAUUAUGACGAUUUGACACCUCCCAUGAGACAGCAGUCCUAUAUAUACAUUUCAUUGAUCGACGUCAAAUUUAAUAUAGAUUGUUAAUUAUGAUUGAUUCUACUGGAAAGAAAAUUAAAGUGUUUCGAUACUUGGACGUAAAACGGGUAUUGUUUAUAUAGAUUAAAUACUUUAUUUAUAGCCUUCAAUAUACAGUUUACCAUAAGACGAUAUGAUGACAACAAGGUAGAGUUUUAUAAGGGCCAAUUAUGUCCAUUUUUCUUUGAAAAGUAUCUUCGGUGUACACACAGGUAAUUAUAAUACGUGUAUCCAAUAUUAAUCUUAUCUCGCCAACAACUAUCAAUAAUAUCCAAUAAAGGUCUUUAUGUUGCUGCGUUCAUAUUUGUAUGCGAUUAUUUAUAGACUUGUAUAAAUUGCACGUAAAUAAUUAUCGUUUUUUUUUUGUAAUAUAAAAUGUUAUGCUUUCAUAGGAGUUGUUAUACCACUGAUUAAAGCAUAAAUCACACUAGCCCGAGUUUUCUCUGGCCCUGUCACCAUGUCUGGUGUAGAGCCUGAGCGCACUACUAUAUGAAAACCUGGAAUUAUCCGACUAAGUUUGGCGUCGCUGAGA